GUAAACAAGUUCGUGGCAAACAUUUUGACAAUGAAGAGACACAUACUUUCCGUGUUUAUUAUUUCUUUUCUAUUUGUUUACAGCGUUGAUGCCAUGGAGAUUGACGAAGGUGUGAUAAAGGAACUUUUUGAGCGGUUAGAGGCUAAGGAUUCCAUCAUAGCAGAUCUUAUCGAACGAGUUAAAAGCCUGGCAGAAACGAAUGCGGAACGAAUUGAUGAAAAAGAUUCCAUCAUAGAAGAGCUUGUUGAACGAGUUGGACGCCUGGAAGAAACCAAUGCGAAACGUCUAGAUGGUAAGCAUUCCAUAUUAGAAGAACGUAUCGAAGGUCUGGAAGAAACCAGAGCGAAACAAACCGUGAUAAAUGAGGACUCAGCACAAGGGCUCCAAGAGUUGACCGAUUCUGUGCUGCAGAAGGACUACCAGAACUUUGCAGAUACACAGCCCAAACCUGACAAACAUGGAGGACAGAAUCAAACGCCAAAAGAAACGGACAAAAGCUAUGGCAAACAUAUGGAAGAUACUAGUGGAAUUGGUUCAAAAGACACACAUGUGCCUAUCGAUGACUCUGUCAUCUACAGACACAGACGACAUGCAAAUACAAGAGCAGUAGCCUUUUUCGCUACGCUUACAAAUGACGUCCAACAUCUUGGUGUUAAUCAGAAUAUCGUCUUCAAUAAUGCCAUAACCAACGUCGGAGGCGCUUAUAACGCUCACCAAGGCGCCUUUAUAGCACCAGUUAAAGGUAUAUACGUGUUUUCCGCCACCCUGCUUGCAUCCAAUCAUGAUGAUGAUCAUUUAAAGUGGGUGAGAAAUGGUCAAACACUCUGUUUUAUAUACGUUCACAGUGCAGGAUAUGAUUCAUCCGGAAGCUCCGUCGUUGUUGAACUGGGCGUAGGUGAUGACAUCUCGAUUCAAAAUAGAGAUACUAACAACUCACUUGCGGGAUCCCACUAUACAUUUUUCUCCGGCUUUCUCCUGAAAGAAACUGAGGCAGACGAACUGGUUGGAUGAAAACAGACCCCAAACCACAAUUAAUAAGGAAUAAUCAAAUCGUGCCUUGAUCAGAUUGAUUUAUAUGACCUACAUGCAAUAAA